AUGAAAACAUGAAGAGGAACCCUCCAGCAGAUUGCUUUGAGAGCACGACCUGUGACUCAGAGGAUGGCCUGAAUGGAGAGGAACCUGCUGAAAAUGAGGAGAACUUCCCCAUGGAAGUUGCCCCCCAACAGCAGAGCCAGGGCCGGGGCAAGUCCUACAUUUGCAGUGACUGUGGGAAAAGCUUUGUUUGCCAUUCGUGGCUUGUUAGGCACCAGAUGACUCACACGGGAGAGAGGCCCUACAAGUGCUCCGAGUGUGACAAAAGCUACAGGAGGAAGGAUUACCUCCUGAACCACCAGCGCCGGCACACGGGAGAGGGACUUUUCCA